AUGAGCAACGCGGCCAUCCUCGCCUCGUUCGCCUGGCAGGCCGCAUAUUCCCUGGCGGCUCCCACUCCAAACACCACCGUCACCCCCGUCGCCGGCCUGGGAUGGAGGAAGGAGCCCAAGGGGCGGGGUACCUUUAGCAUCAUCCUUACCUCGGUCUUGACUCUUGGUCUCUGCGUGUGGACAGCCAUCCAUCCAAACGUCAGGCCGGGGGCCUCGGCGUGGCAGAGGGUGAAACAUAGGCUUCUGUUCGUCGUCAUCGGGAUGUUGGCACCAGAAGUCGUGCUCGCAGUCGCGUUCUACCAGUGGCGGGAGGCGCAAAAGUUUCACCGGGAGUGGUGCAAACUUUAUGGCAUAGAGCCCGGCAGCAAGGGAGACACUCUUCGUAUGAAGGGUGCGUUCUUUGUGACCAUGGGCGGGGUCUCGGUCACACCGGUGUCCAUUGGGGCACCGGGAGGGGUCAAAACUAUUCUCAGUGCAGAUGCUUACCUCACGCUAGCCCGGACCAAGACCGGAUGGCAAUACGAUGCGGAAGAAAAGAACGAGUCGCAGGGGGCUGCGGUGGUCGAGGCAGCCAAGACGACGGGAGCUGUACUAGAACUGGUUGAACUAGACCGAUCCAAGCCGGAUCUUGAACAAGCAGAGAGGGAGAAGGGGGAGGAGGUGGUGAGUGCCGAGGAAAGGGAGGUGAUAGUGGAGGGGGAUGGCGAGGAGAUGAUUAUACGUAAGAGCUUUGUGCACUGGAGCGAUGUCGAGGACAAGGGCAAAGCGGAGAUGCUGGGGAAGACGCUGGUGUGCCUUCAGGCACUGUGGAUGCUUGUGCAGUGCGCUGUGCGCAAGGCUAGCGGCCUACCCGUCACGCUGCUGGAGAUUCACGUCGCGAUGCAUGUCGUCUGCGCCAUCGGAAUGUACGCCUUCUGGUUCAACAAGCCGCAGGACGUGGGCCAGCCGAUUGCACUCAGCAUCAACAGUAACCCGGCGCAGUUGUGCAUCGAGGUUGUGCACCAGAACCGAGACGGCAACCUGAAAGUGAGGAUGGAUGGGGACAGAAGAGGCGAGGAGGGUUUAUAUGGAGGUUUGAAAGCUAAGGAUUUCACACCUAUCCAGCCUUUACCCACGACAGAGAGCGCCAUAUUCUUAGGUUACAACCGGAAACAGAAGCCACAUGCGGCCCCCCAUCCUGGUGGCCCUGCGUGCUUGGCGGUCCCGCACCGUCAUGUGCUCGAUCUCGGACCCGUCCGCAUCUACAACAGUUGGGGUCAAAAUUACCCAAUGUCCAGUGAUGAACUCGCGUUCUUCAGACAUGCUGCCGAUGCUUACAAAGCUGGCAGGAGACCUAAGUUGCCUCCGGUUGAUUUGGUGCGACACGCCUCCGCUGGCGACGCGUUCGACGUCAUAGAGAAUGUAGGCAUCUCAAAUAUGUCUCCUGCCAUCUUCAUCCUCCUCCUGUACGGCGCCUGCCAUGCAGCUGCUUGGAAUACCCAUUUUCCAUCGCCCGUGGAAUGCCUGCUUUGGCGAAUCUCCUCCGUAGUGAUCGCUGUCAUCCCCGCGUACGCUUUGUUUCUCCGGGCACUGUACAACAGGCAACAGGCGCUGUACAUGAGCAGCCACGGCAGUACUCUUUAUCUAGUGUUCACACUCUGUAUACACGAUCUUGUCCACGCGAUGCGGCGGAUUGAUGUACCUUAUACGCACGCAGACCUGGAGGAUAUAUUGCAGAUACUUGUUAUUCUCAUGUUUAUUCUGCCUGUCUUCUGUGGGCGGUCAUAUCUAUUUGUGGAGUCUUUCCUGAGCCUUAGAAGCCUUCCCUUUGGUUCUUAUGACAGCACACCAUGGGAGGACUACUUUCCCCACUUUUAG